UUUGAUAUUAUCUACUUUACUAUUUCUUUGUUAUUCAUAAUGGGCAUCAUUAUCGUGGAAGAAGACGAUAAUAUAUGAACCAAAACUAAGAUAUUAUUUCUUCAUUAUGGGACCAUUUAAUUAAUUGUUAAAAAAAGUUGUGGUUUACAACACAAAUUUGUUAUUAAAGGCGGUUGUGCAAAUCAUGGCUGGAAAUGCACAAAUUCCCUCCUUCCGACAAGUGCACUCCCAAGAUUUGAUUUUCUUAUUUUUUUUUCUUUAUUUAUUAUUUUAUUUCAUUUUACACCCCCAAAGAUAUGUUAGUGUGUGACGGGUCCUCUUGCCCAAAAAUGUCCAAUUUUAAAUAAUUCCACCACCACUAUAUAUAUACCUAGUCCUUGCAUCAAUCAAUUGCUCGACACCAUAACUCAUAAAACAUAGUUUGCCAACUUCCUUUAUUAUUUUCAAUAAAUCCAAGUAUCCAUAUAUAUAAUAUAUAAAUUAAAAAUGCAUCCCUCAAUUUUAAAAUAUACUGUCAUUCUACUCUUCUUGAUUUCCGUCACUAAUUCUAAGAUGACUGACGGCGGCGCGGAUUCGUCGGAAACAACCAACGGUGCACCUAGUGACGGCACAUCGGGAAACCCAACAGGAGGUAGCGGGUCGGACCAUGGUCCGAAUUGGGACUCAAGUUGGGGCUGGGGCGCCACACCAACAUCCGGGUGGGGUUACGGGUCGGGUUCAGGGAAGUCCCCUAAUGGGUUUGGUAGGGGCUCAGGGUUUGGGUUUGGUUCUGGGUCUGGGUCGGGCUCUGGAUCCGGCUAUGGCUAUGGCUAUGGUAGCGGCGGCGGCGGCGCUCAUGGAGGUGGUCGUGGAAGUGGCAGCGGUGCUGGUGGAAACGGAGGCGCGGACGACCGCUCUGCAUCUGGCCGCAAAAACAAACAUGGCUAAGCUGUAAAAAGGGUUUGAGCAGCUCUAUAGUCUAUAUAUAUAUAUAUAUAUAUAUAUAUAUGUAUGUAUUGGUAUCUAGGGUUUGAAAGUAUGCAUGGAAGAGUAGCUAGUCCUUAGUACAUAUGACUAGCGUCAAUAAUAUAUAUGUAAUAAAUAUUGUGGAAUUAUGCAUGUAUUGUUAUUGGCUACAUGGGGUGCUGUUUUAUCUAAUAUUAAAAAUAAUAUUGGUAUUAACUUAAGUAA